AUGCCUCUGGUGUCAUUCGUUCCUCCUUCACUCUGCCUCGCCUUCUUCUCCCUGCUGGACCGCCUCCUCCCCUCCCUCCCCCCCACCGUCCGAGACGUGGACGUCCCCUCUCUGUUCAGAGAGCGCUUCAUCUUAUCCGGGUACCGCCCUGUGGGUCUGUCAUGGCGCUCUUACGUCCUCAGCCUCUUCCAGAUCCACAACGAGACUCUGAACGCGUGGAGCCACCUGCUGGCUGCUGUCUGCGUGGUGAUGAGGUUCACGGUCUUCACUGUCCUGCGGGGAGGGGUACGACAACAACUCCAUAUUAAAAGUCUAAAUGUGUGUUUGACCUCCCGCUGUCUAACAUCUGACCUCUUCAGGGGUUUCUAGGUUUUCGGCUGCAGGGUCCUGAAGGUCAGGGCUUCUCUGUGGACGUCUCCUCACUCCCUCUGGUCCUCUAUGUCUUCUCUGCUGUUGCGUACCUGAGCUGCAGGUGAGUCCAAACAGGAUCUCCACUUCAUCACUUUGCUUCAGUUUGGAAACUCUAACCGAGUUUGGCGUUGCAGCGCCGUCGCUCACUUGUUGCAGUCGCGCUCAGAAGAGGCUCAUUACUCGCUCUUCUUCCUGGACUAUGUGGGCGUGGCUGUGUACCAGUACGGCUGCGCUCUGGCUCUGUCCCUGUACAGCUCUGACAUCACCUGGACACAAAGCAUGCUGGGACAGGUGUGUUGUUGUGGGUUUCAUUUGUCCUCAGAGACGUCGUUCAGUUGAAGUAAAAAUACACGUUUAUUUUUCUCUGCAGGUUUUCCUCCCUGCGGCGGCGUUCCUCGCCUGGUUGUCUUGCGCCGCCUGCUGUUACGCGAAGCUUCGUUUCCGGCGGCCUUACCCGCUUUACAGGAAGCUCCUCCAGGUGGCGCCUUUGAGCGUGGCCUACCUGCUGGACAUGAGUCCUGUUGCGCAGCGUCUCAUCUAUAACAGGUGGACGAGUAACCCUGCGCUGCAGCUGCACUUCCUGCAGGUGGUGACCCUGAAUCUCUCGUAAAACUGCGUCUUUUGUUUUUUUGUUUUGACUCUAAUUAAAUAAAUCAAACCGUCUUCUCUGUCACGUCUCCAACAGGUGGUGCUGUUCCUUCUCUCCGCCUUUUUCUUCUCCUGUCCCGUACCUGAGCGCUUCUACCCGGGCUACUUCGACAUCGUCGGUCACAGCCACCAGCUCUUCCACGUCCUGCUGUCUCUCUGCACGUUCGUCCAGCAGGAGGCGCUGUUCGAGGACUUUCUGAGGAGGCGGCCCGCGCUGGUCAGACACUUCGGGGAGGAGCGCCUCCUGCUGGCGUGCGUCUCCUUCCCCUGCCUGACGCUGUGCUGCACGAUGACGGCGCUGGCUAUGAGGAGGCGGGCUCAGGCUCAGCUGACGAAGGAGCAAAGAUAG